UUGUGAAGUUUCAGUAUGUUAAGUUUUUAAACUGAAAUGCAUGCCAUUACUAGCAGCUAAUGUUUGAUGAACAAGAAUUUCAUAGUUGGAUUUGUCCUCUAAUGCAUUGCUUACCUUUGGCCCUCUCUUUCCCACUCCCACUAUGGAUCCUCCCUACCCCAUCCUCCCCGUGUGAAUGCACCCUCUGUGUCCAUUCCUACCCCACCCUUCAUUCCGCAGUGCUACGGACCGACCAUGGGUGACUGGAGCUUUCUGGGUAACAUUUUAGAGGAAGUCAACGAGCACUCCACGGUGAUCGGCCGGGUGUGGCUCACAGUGCUGUUCAUCUUCCGUAUCCUCAUACUGGGCACGGCGGCAGAGUUCGUGUGGGGCGACGAGCAGUCCGACUAUGUUUGCAACACACAACAGCCUGGAUGCGAGAACGUGUGCUACGACGAGGCCUUUCCCAUCUCCCACAUACGCCUGUGGGUGCUCCAGAUCAUCUUUGUGUCCACGCCGUCUCUGGUGUACGUCGGCCACGCUGUGCACCAUGUCCACAUGGAGGAGAAACGUAAGGAGCGAGAGGAGGCAGAGCUUAGCCGGCAACAGGAACUGAGCGAGGAGCGUCUGCCUCUGGCACCUGACCAGGGAAGUGUCCGCACAACUAAGGAGACCAGCACCAAAGGCAGUAAGAAGUUUCGCCUGGAGGGCACCCUGCUGAGGACCUACAUUUGCCACAUUAUCUUCAAGACACUAUUUGAAGUGGGUUUUGUGGUAGGGCAGUACUUUCUUUAUGGCUUCCGCAUCCUGCCACUGUACAAAUGCAGCAGAUGGCCCUGCCCCAACACGGUGGACUGCUUUGUGUCUCGCCCAACGGAGAAGACUGUCUUCAUCAUCUUCAUGUUGGCUGUGGCCUGUGUCUCGCUCUUCCUCAACUUUGUGGAGAUCAGCCACUUGGGUCUGAAGAAAAUCCGCUUUGUCUUCCGUAAGCCAGCUCCAGCUCCAGCCCAAGGCGAGGGCACAGCCCCGCCUCUGCCAUCACAAGGAAAAGGUCUGUCCCCACUGGCUGUUCCCGUUUUGCAAAGAGCAAAAGGCUACAAGUUGCUAGAGGAGGAAAAGGUUCCACCUGUAACUCACCUCUACCCUCUGGCUGAGGUCGGCAUGGAGGCUGGCAGAGGGACUCCACCCUUCCACACACUGGAGGAGAAGGUGGAGGAGGUACUGCCCAUGGAGGACAUCUCUAAGGUGUACGAUGAGACUCUGCCUUCCUACAGUCAAACAACGGGGACAGGGGAAGUGACGUUACAUGAAGAAGAGGUUGAGGAGGUGCCACCACCAGAGGUGGAAGCAGAGAGAAUAGAGGAAGGUCUAGAUGAGGAUGCGGAGGUAGAGGAAGGAGAAAACGAGGAGAUGGAAACUCCUGCUGAGGCAGAGGUGGAGGCGACGGAUACGAUAGAAGACACCAGACCAUUGAGUCGACUGAGCAAAGCAAGCAGCAGGGCCAGAUCAGAUGAUCUCACCGUAUGAACCUGUGAGACAAAGCACACGCAUGCCUUCACACAUUCAACAUCAGGGAGAGCAUACACCACUAACUCAAAGCAGUGCAUACUUUUACACAGGCAGGCCCAAAAAUGGAUGAAAAAGAAAAAUCGACAGGGAUAGAGAAAAACCUUUAAGGGUGGAAUUCUGCAGAAAGCACCCUCAAUAAAAUAAAAUAUAAUAAAAUAAACAAAAAAGUCAGAGUGUUUGAGGUAAAAUGGAAUAUAAAACUAGGGUUUAAAGAGGAGACUUUUUUACUAAGUGUGUACUUAUUUAAAAAGAAAAAUGGGGAAAUGUUUUUACUUGAUGAAAAUCAUUUUCAGUUUUUAGACAUCUUUUCUAUUGAAAGAGUUAUAGCUAUUUAUGAUGGAGAAAUAGGUACUUGUUUACAAGGCUUGAGUUGAUAGGGAAAGACUACUAGAUUGUCUGCAAGUCAAUGCUUUUGCUGUAGAUGGACGAUGACUUUUCUAUUUAGACAGCGGCAAAGUGUAAAGGCAGCCACACUGCUGUUGCUGAGAAACCUACUGCAUAGAAACACACAACAUCUGCUAAGGUUAGCAGAUACACAGAUAUUUAAAGACAAAAAAAGUUUGAUUUAGGUUCAGAGGGCCGUACUUCUUUUGCACAUUCAGAGAUUUCAACUCUGCAAGGCCUUUAACCCUCGUAACACCUCAUCUAUGGAUCCAUUUAUACAAGAUUCUUUCAAGAGAAGAGGGAUUUGCAUCAGUUUCAGAGCAUUUCUCUCCUUUUUGUGCUCAUAUACUAGGUGGUAAAAGCUAGAGCAUAGAUAGUCAGAAAAAAAAGAGAAAAAUUACCACAUGUUGGAUGUCUUUUUCAAUGUGAUUUGCAUCUUUUAUUUUAGACCUGCUUAUGUUCUGUAGCCGUUCAGAAAAGGAAAACCUGUGUACUGUGAUAUCAGCUGUCCAUGCAAGACAGCAGGGCUCAUUUUGCCCAAUCAGAGAGAGGACUAUAGUAGUGACCUCAAGCCAAAUCCUCUCUGCGUGCUGUACAAAUAGGCGUCCGGGCGAUAAAGAUCAUGCAGCAUCAGCACAAACUAUUGUUGGGGGCACCACAAUAAAAGAAACCACACUCAUCAAUGAAAACAGGCAUCCUUGACCCAGGAAAUCAAACCUUUGACUCAGUUUCAUUUACACAUUAGUAUUUAUCAUUACACAACAAGGACAAACUACAAAAUGCAUGAAGUUUCAGA